AUGACCUCAGCCGAAAAGUUCGACACCAACAUUUAUGGGUUCGCAUGGUUCGAGGCCACACCGUGCAGAGACCACGUGUGCGAGGGGGCGUCGUUGCAGGAGCCGUGUCAUGCAGUCCAAGACUUUUCUGGAGUCCGCAAUCCGAAGAACCUUUCAACUUGGCGGCUGCGGAGGUUCAGUGCCGCCGACAACCCUGGCAGUGGGAACGGCGUGGGUGCGGAGGAUCUGCCCAGCUACGCCAUUUACUCACCAUUUCGUUUCGCAUGCACCACCUAUAGUUUCCUGAUGCGCCGACAAGAUCCGACCACUAGCAACACUACAGCAUUUGCCUACGAGUUCAUUUGUGGUGUAGCACACGGGUGUGCGCAAUAA